AUGAUAGGAUACCUUAUUAAUGAUGUUAUUGAUAAUAUUCUUUUUGCACUAUUGUGACUGUUCUUCAUAUUUUUAUGUCUUUAAUUAUGCACCAAUAAAACACAUUCAUUAUUUAUGCUGCCGAUUCUGUAGCUUGUAGUAUCUCAUACUUUUAUCCAAAGAAAAUGGUUCGUCAUCGCCUGUGGAGAUUUUUAUCCGAUGUACGGGUGUUACAGAUCGUUUUAACGAUUUUGCUGCUGAUUAUUGUCGUCCUGAUAUACGUCGUGCUAUUUCGAGAAACGGCAGCAGUCUUGGUGCAGCGCGAUCGCCCAAUGGAACUGCCAGAGACGCCCAACAACGAGCAGCUGGUGAAGGGCAGACGAAUCCUGAACCCGCCCCACCGACCGCUCUCACUUGGAGCAAAUGCGAGAUCUCGCGGACCGCCAGAUACUCUGUUCCUUACUUGAAUUACCGAAUCCUGAUCUACGAGAAAGAACCGCCACUGCCACCAGCACUCCGGAAGCUGGCGUCUAUUACUACGCCCCUCUACUUUUAAUUAAUGCCCGCAGUACGAAUCUCUCGUUCAAUCAUUUCGAGCAGCGCUUACCGUGGAGUUCUCCGCGAUCAUGUACAACCAAAAGUUCCUUGACCACAUUAAGCAGGAACUGACGAAGCUUACGGAGAAGCCUGUGAUGAAGCUGCGCAUCAUGCCCAUCGAAAGCAUCCGCCUAUCCAUCGAGAAUCCCGAAUGGGAUCCCGACUACGAAGUGGAAAAUUCUUGGCAUCCGUACUCCAACCAAGCGGAUGCCCUGAUUUUUCUGGUGUAUUGUGCCACUGGAUGGAAAUGCCAGCGACUGAAAGACGGUCUGGUUAACGGGACAGUGAAUUUAUUAAGCGACGCGGAAGUGUAUUAUACGUCAGAGUCGCAGCGCUCAUCGGCCCGCCGCAUCACGCUGACCGCGGAGCACGUGCAGACCGGGAAGCUCUUCACGGAACUGCAGCAGAAAUUCCAGGGAACCGUUGUGUAUCUAAGCGGGGAAGACGCCAAGCAGCUACAGCAGGAGAUCGCCAGUAACGUGAUGGCGGCGGAAAUCGCCGAUGCGGAGUUCAUCGGCGGUGACCAGUCGCCGACGCUCAUGCACUUCAUCGGGGAAGCGCUCAAGUUGCAAGAGACCACGUCGGCGUGGUUCACGCCAAAGAUGUGGGAAUCGGUGUACUGGAAGGAAGAGAACGCCCGCCCCGAUAAAAUCACACGCGAAUACCAGGAUUCGUUUGACAAGCAGGACCAGGAGACCCAGCACCGCAUCAUGGAUUACUUCAAGAAACAAGAGAGCGAGAAAAAAUGCGGAAACGCCAAUUUUGGAAUCGAGGGGGCCGGGGGCGUGGAGUGUCGGCCUGCACGAACAAAGGCAGUUCUAACUCGCAGCGCGACGAGAUGGAGGAUUAUCUGCGCAAUAUCAACGAAGGCCGAAAGGUCACCGAGAUGAAGGGUACGCGGUUUAUCCCGAAGGAACUGGCGCUCAGGCGGACCAACUUGGCCUCGUUGAAGCAGACGACGAAUUUCGGGUCUUUAUCGAUCAGGAUCUCCAAGAUUGUCGGCGUUAUGAAGACGCGAUUCAAUUACGCAGGCAGUUUAACGGAAACCGCUGACGCAACGUAUCCAUCAGACGGAGCUUAACCAUUCACAAGAAGCAGCCAUCAGAUAUCCGGGAAGCCUUUUACGUGCGGGCAGCGCGCACCUCGGUGACCUUUACCAAACCCCAAGCCAGUAACAUCUGCCGGGAUGUCUUCAGAUGUGAACUGGCGACACUGGCCCACAUGCCUGUAUGGGUGGCCGUGCCGAUGCCACGUACAGAGCGGAUGUGUGCUAUAGGGACACUGCUGAAAUUCUGUCGUACGUUGGUGUUGAAACCGGGCAGUGGUAUGAUGAGGCCCAAUCGGGCUUAAACUGUUACGGAAUAAGACCGUUGGGCCGCGAGAUAAAGUAUUACGAUGGGCAUGAACUACUCGUAUUGCCGUU